UGGCAGCCAGUGUUGGGGUCUCUAGUUGAUUUCAAAGCAAACUAUAACCUUUAAAAUUACACAUAAUAAAAUUAUUAAUUUCUGUAAAAAAAAUCAUGGUAUUUCUAACGUCAAAUUUAUCGGUUCGAUCUAGAGGACCAGAUGAAUUCUGGCGAAAACGUAAAAUAUUUGAAAUUGCUGCUCAUUUUAUAGGUAGAAAAAGAAAUUGUUAUUCAUUGGCUAUUAGAGCUGUUCAUAGAUCCUUAAUGUUUGCUACCAAAGGACGAAAAUUAAAAAAAGACGAUAUGCGAGAGCUUUGGGUAACAAGAUGUAAUGCAGCUUUGGUCCAACAUGAUAUGGAUCCAAAAACAUUUACCGAAGGCUUAAGUAGAUGUAAUAUUUUAUUAAAUUAUAAAAAUUUAGCUGAUUUAGCUUGUUGGGAACCAAGAACAUUUAAAUCUCUAGUAGCUAUUGCAGCUGCUAGAGCACAACAAGAUGGAUUUUAUAAAAAUAAAAGUACAAUAUUAGAGUCGACUACUACUAUAUCAGAUGGUUUAAUAGAAUAAAAUAGAUGAAAGGUAUAAUAUUUA